AUGGCGCUGCUGCCCGCGCUGCUGCUGCUGCUGCUCCUGCCCCUGGCGGCGCUGGCGGCGGCCGCGCUGCUGCUCGGCCUGCCCGGCUACGACAUCCCGCCCGGGGUGAACCAGCCGGCCAAGCUGCGCCUGGUGCUGACCGUGCUGCUCGGCACCGCCGCGCUGGGAAGGAUUCUGGAGAAGACUGGGCUUUGCAGCCAAAUCACUUUUGGCCGAUACGUGCGACAGGGUCGGAAACUAGGGUUGGAUCCAAAGCUCUUUAUCCAGGAUCUGCAGUUUAAUGAAGUACCUGUGAGGGUUUAUCAGCCUAAAGCUACCUCUGAUGGGCCAAGGAGAGGCAUCCUCUUCUUCCAUGGAGGAGGCUGGGUAUUCGGAAGCCUUGAUACCUAUGAAAAGGUGUGCCGCUACCUCUCCAGGGAGAGUGACUCAGUGGUUGUGUCUGUGCAGUACCGCCUGGCCCCCGAGCACAAAUACCCCGCUGCGUACGAAGACUGUCUGAGCGCCACCCAGCACUUCCUGCGGCUGCGGGACGAUGGCUUGUUGUACAAGAAGAGGCUGGAGGACAAUGGGGUUCCAGUGACCUGGUACCACCUUGAAGAUGGAUUCCAUGGAAUCAUAAGCCUAUAUGAUUAUUGUGGUUUCUCAUUUCCAUCUGGGAAAAGGGGAUUGGACAGGGUUGUUAACUUCUUAAAAAGCUUAUAGUAAACAUCGUAGAUUCCAUGAGUCUGUUCAUGCCUCAACCUAGGAAAAUAUCUUUUUAGGAUAUUUAAUAUCAGGUUAAGGGUAGUGAAUCAGGGGCAGCCAUUAACAAUGAUAAACAAGGCUCAUCAGAACCUCAUUCCAGCUUUUAGUUGGAAAAUGGAAUAUGCAAACCUUAUACAAGCUUGUACCAUGCUGCAAGCCCUUAUCUUUAGCUCUGCUAGUAAAGAACAGUUCUUUGAAUGGGCAUCCUGGUUUGUUCCAGUUGUUUAAAAUAAAAUAUAUGUGUGUGAAGAGAAGCUGUGUGUUAGCAGGUGUGUGUGGUGUGAGAAUAAAACCCAGCAGGUGUUAGUGGGUUAUGAGCCACUGACAAUAAAAUAAUAAAUAUAACAAUAAGGAAAUAUGA